UCAUCUAUAAAAGAGGCUGCUUGCCAUGGCUCUGUCUGCUCAGUGACUGCGGGGAGUCCCUGUCCUCCACCCUCCGACAUGAAGGUUCUGCUCGCUUCCAUUCUCUUAGGAUGCCUCGGUGGAAUUUCUGCUGCCAUUUUUCCCAAAUCAACAAAAGUGAGAUGGUGCCUUAAAUCAGAGCAGGAGAAGAAGAAGUGUGAUGACUUUGUAGCCAAAGCAGAAGCUGCAUUUGCUUGCAUUUUGCGCUCAGGAACAGACGAGUGUAUCAGAGCCAUCAAGGAAGGCCAGGCAGAUGCCAUCACACUGGAUGGGGGAGACAUUUACAAAGCUGGUCUUGUAAAUUAUAACCUCAAACCUAUAAUCGCAGAAGACUACAGAAAAGAUGCAGAUACCUGUUAUUAUGCUGUUGCUGUGGUGAAGAAAACCAGCGACUUUGGGUUACACGACCUGAAGGGGAAGAAGACAUGCCACACGGGUCUGAACAAGUCUGCAGGGUGGAACAUCCCCAUUGGAACAUUGGUGUCCAAUGGUGACAUUGACUGGACAGGGCAGGAGGAUGUCCCCCUUGAGAAGGUGGUUUCAGAGUUCUUCUCCGCCAGCUGUGUUCCUGGUGCUACGCCUGGUUCUAAUCUGUGCCAGCUGUGCAAGGGUGACUGCUCCCGCUCCCACAAAGAACCAUACUACGAUUAUACUGGAGCCUUCCAGUGCUUGAAGGAUGAUGCUGGGGAAGUGGCCUUCGUGCACCAUCUGACUGUACCCUCUUCAGAGAAAUCAAACUAUGAGCUACUGUGUAAGGAUGGUACUAGGAACAGCAUUGAUGACUACAAAACAUGUUAUCUGGGCAGAGUUCCUGCCCAUGCUGUUGUCACCCGCAAGGAUGCUCAACUGGCAGAUAACAUUUGGAAAAGUCUUCAAAAUACUGGGUCUUUCCCCCUCUUCUCAUCUGAUGGCUAUGGAGCCAAAGACCUUAUGUUUAAGGACUCCACGGUUCAGCUUGUUCGGGUGCCUGAGAUCACCGAUUCCUUCUUCUACCUGGGUGCAGAAUACAUGAGUAUCAUUCGGUCUCUGAGGAAAGAGAUUACCUCAAAGCCGCAAUCCAACUCCAUAAAAUGGUGCUCUGUGGGCCAUGCUGAGACGGUCAAGUGUGACCAGUGGUCCAUUGAAAGCGAGGACAUGGGUGUGGCCAAGAUAAACUGCCAACAGGGGAACACUGUGGAAGACUGCCUAAAAAAGAUUAUGCGCAAGCAGGCAGAUGCCAUAGCUAUUGAUGGCGGUCAGGUGUAUUCAGCAGGGAAGUGUGGGCUGGUGCCAGUGAUGGCAGAGCAGUAUGACACAAGUAUGGGGUAGGAUAGUGCCUGUAGGCUGUCUGCUAGUCACUUUGGUGCUGUGUGCUACCUAAAAUGUCUGUCCUCUGCUUCCUUCACAGAAAAAUGUAACUCCACAGGCAAGACAGCCUCGUCUUACUUUGCGGUGGCUGUGGUGAAGAAAGGCUCGGGCCUCACCUGGAGCACACUGAAGGGGAAGAAGUCAUGUCACACAGGCCUUAGUCACACAGCAGGAUGGAACAUCCCUAUGGGUCUCCUCCACCAGGACAGCAAGGAGUGUGACUUCUCCAAGUACUUCAACCAGAGCUGUGCCCCGGGGGCAGAUCCAGAAUCCUCACUAUGUGCUCUCUGUGUGGGUGAUGGCAAACCAUUACAUGAUUCAAGGUACAAAUGCAAGCCUGUUUCUGAGGAGCUGUUUUACGGCUACACUGGGGCCUUCAGGUGUCUGGUGGAAGGUGGUGGAGAUGUUGCCUUUAUUAAGCAUACUACUGUCCAGGAGAACAGCGAUGGAAAUGGUGCUCCGUGGGCUAAAGAUGUGAGGUCUGAAGACUAUGAGCUUCUGUGCCCCUCUGGUCCAAUAGAAACGGCACCUCUAAGCCAAUAUGAGAACUGCCAUCUAGCCAGGGUGCCUGCUUAUGCUGUGGUGACACGCCCUGAAAGCCGGUUGGAUGUGGUGUCUAUUCUCAAAGACCAGCAGAACAGGUUUGGUUUGUCCAGCUCAGAAUACUUUAAAAUGUUCCAGUCAAGAGGAGGCAAAGACCUCCUUUUCAGAGACUCCUCCAAAUGCCUCCAGGAGAUUCCUUCUUUGAACAGCUUUGAAGACUUUCUGGGGAAGGAAUAUGUGUCUACUGUCGAGACAUUGCAGGAAUGUGUUAGCAGUGUGCCAGAGCUGGAGCAAUCCUGCACGUUUCAUCCAUGCCAACAGAAGUAGAGAGACCUACAGUCACACCUUGACGUUGGUUGAUGUUGAGUCCUUCACAGAAGACCAUAAUUGAGAAAGUUCAAGCUGCAAUAAAGUGUACUUAUAAGUGUAUGCAAUCUGAUAUGUUCUGUCUGUAUUUGUGGGGGUUCAUGCCCAGUUCACCGGGGGUUCCUAAACUCUCCCCAUUGACCCCCAGCUUUUCCAUGGGUUUGUGGUAGGGUUCAUCGUUAGCGCUAUUGAUUUCAUUAAUAAAGGACUUUAGGUUCCCAAUGGAAUAUGACAUUAAAACUUAAAUAUUUCAAAGUUUACAUUUUUUCUUAUCCCACAUUGUAUGUGGUUUCUGCAAACAGUUAAUGUAUCCUCAGAAUCACCAAUUUCCAGCUACCGUCUGACAUUUCUGCUUGACAGUACUGUGACGCCACAUGGACAGUCAGCAAAGACUAAUGACUGGUGCGUGUAAUUUGAUGAGUAUAUUUCUGCAUUUUAUUUGUACAUAGUAAGUGUGGUCUCUGUGCAAUGCGUGUUGUUUCUCUUAGUGUCUAACCUUGAGUGUGAGCAUCAUGUAAACUGUCCACUUCCUUAUCUGUGCCACUGCUAGUUAACAUUGACAAUGGGCUGUUAUUAAAGGCAGAAGUUCCAUUUUAA